AUGAAAUGGGAUGAAGAUCAACCUAGAUCUAAACGGUUGCUAACAGAUGAGAACUCCAACAUAUUUAUUUAUUUAACAGGCCAUGGUGGUAAUGAAUUUUUGAAGUUUCAAGAUGCCGAGGAAAUAGGCUCGUAUGAUAUUGCUGAUGCCUUUGAACAAAUGCAUGAGAAGAAGCGAUAUAAUGAGAUUUUUUUCAUGAUCGAUACUUGUCAAGCUAAUACUAUGUAUGAAAGAUUUUAUUCUCCAAAUAUAUUAGCAGUUGGAUCUUCAAGAUUAGAUGAAUCCUCAUAUUCUCAUCACUCAGAUUUGGAAAUUGGAGUUGCUGUUAUUGAUCGUUUCACAUAUUACACAUUAGAAUUUCUUGAAAAAUUGGAUAAAAAUUCCAAUCUUACAUUAGACAAAUUAUUUGAUGAAUAUACUUUUGAAAAUGUCCAUUCCAAUCCUGGAAUUAGGACGGAUUUAUUCCACCGAGAUCCGAAAAAGGUUUUGUUGACGGAUUUUUUUGGCAAUGUUCACAAUGUGGUUGUUGAUGUUAAAGAUGAUGAUUUACUUUAUGCAGCCAAUCACAAUGAAGAUGGGAUUAGAGUAUCAGUUGCCACACCAAAGAUUCAAGUCACUAAUAAUACUACCAGCAAUAAAACAAUGGGUACUCUUAAGUUUGGUUCUCGUGAUAAUGAAGAAAGUCAAAACUUGAUAAAUUUGGAACCUAAAACUAUGCUGAUGAUCUCUUUUAUUACGGUCAUUGUUUUCAUAGGUCUUUGGUUCGCUACAGCAUUUGCUAAAGUUACUUAA